UAUCACCAGUUCAUUUGGUAGCAGUUAUAUUAUCUCAUGGAUUCCCUGUGGGAUGGAAACCACACGGCAGUGACAGGCUUCAUUCUACUGGGCUUAACUGAUGACCCCAUCCUCAAAGCCGUCCUCUUCAUGAUCAUCCUGUGCAUCUACCUGGUGACUGUGUCUGGCAACCUUGGCACAAUCAUUCUUAUCAGAACCUCUCCUCAGCUCCAUCAUCCAAUGUAUUUUUUUCUGAGUCACCUGGCUUCUGCAGACAUAGCUAUUUCAACUUCUGUUGCACCCAAUAUGCUUGAAAACUUCCUGGUGCAGGGAAAUCCCAUCUCCUAUCAUGGAUGCUGCACCCAGCUUGGUUCAGCUGCAUUCUUUGGGACAGUGGAGUGCUUCCUUCUGGCUAUCAUGGCAUAUGAUCGCUUUGUGGCAAUCUGCAAUCCACUGCUUUAUUCAACCAAAAUGACCACACAAGUCUGUGUCCAGUUCCUCAUAGUGGCUUACAUAGCUGGUUUUGUCAAUGCUUUCUCUUUCAUUAUUUCCGUCUAUUUCUUAUUCUUCUGUGGACCAAAUCGAGUGAAUCAUUUUUUCUGUGAUUUUGCUCCUCUGGUGGAACUCUCCUGUUCUGACAGCAGAAUCCCUGCCGUUGUCCCUUCAUUCACAUGUGGCUUCGUCAUUAUGUGCACAGUGUGUGUCAUAAUUGUCUCCUACAUGUACAUCCUCAUCACCAUCCUGAAGAUGCGCUCCAAAGAGGGGCGCCAGAAGGCCUUCUCCACAUGCUCAUCCCACCUCACGGCAGUCACCCUGUUCUAUGGGACCCUCACAUUCACAUAUGUGAUGCCCAAGUCCAGUUACUCCACCGAACAGAAUAAGGUGGUGUCUGUGUUCUACACGGUGGUGAUCCCCAUGCUGAACCCCAUCAUCUACAGCCUCCGGAACAAUGACAUGAAGGGGGCUCUGAAGAGAGUGCUUCACAAGAUAAGUAUUUUCUUAGUGAAGCCUGCUAUUUUAUGA